AUGCCUCCGCCUAACGCCUCCCCCGACGAAAAUGUUGACGAAGGAUUUCUUCACUUCCCCAUCCACCAAAGUGUAUCUUCCCGUGAAAUUGCUGCUGCAGUUGCUGCCUUCCCUCUCUCUUUUGCUGCUGCAUGCGAAGCAAAUCUUUAUACCUCAAUUGACUGCAGCAACAGCAGCAGCAGCAGCAGCAACAAUGUUCAGCAGCUGCUGCAGCAGAGAUCAGUGCUGCUGCCCUUGUCGUGGCCGAUGGCGGAAUUAACAUCAGCUGUCAAGGGGUUGGGUUGGUACAUGGAUGAGAUAAUAAACACCUUAGUGCAACAGCUGCACCAGCAGCAACAGCAACAGCAGCAGCAGCAGCAGCAGCAGCAACUGCAGCACAUGUCUUCUAUUGAUGACGUGCUGCGUCUGCUUCCCUCAACUCCAGUGUCCCUCAAGCCCUCCUACCGUCGCGCGCUGCAGCGGCAGCAACAGCAGCAACAGCAGCAACAGCAGCAACAGCAGCAGAAGCAGCAGCAGCAGCAGCAGCGGGCUGCAUUACUCGAUGUCAGCGAGUCUGUAGGUCUUUACCCUAAGUGUUGGGGAGCAGCAGUAUCUGCUGCAGCAGCAGAAUAUGUAUUAAGGAAAAGAAGCAGCAGUAGCAGCCCGAAGGAGGCGCUGCCGCAGCUGCUGCUGCUGCUGCAACAGCAACAGCAGCAACGACUGCGGAUGCAGCAGCAGCAACCCCAGUAUCUUUAUCUAGGGGAAAGAAGACAGAGAUACCCGUCAGGUGUACAUACACCUAAAUGGAUGGCAACACAGCAGCGGCUGCAGCAGCGAGAGCAGCAGCGGCUGCAGCAGCAGCAGCUGUUGCAUCAGCGCAUGCAGCAGCAACAACAUCACAUUCAGCAGCAGCAGCAGCAACAGUUGCUGCUGCUGCAGCAACAGAGACACCAUUUCUGCCAACAGCAGCGUCAAUAUCAUUGCCAGCAGCUGCUGCAGCACCAGCAGCAGCAACAACAACAACAGCAGCAGCUGCAACAGCAGCAGCUCUGGAUGCAACAAAGGGCAUGGCAUCAACAGCAGCAACAUGUGUGGACGCAGCAGCUGCAGCAACAACAGCAACAGCAGCAGCGGCAGCAAACACAUAUAUAUCAUUGGCAACAGCAGCAGCAAGUGUUUCUGCAGCAGCAUGAGCAGCAGCAGCAACAACAGCAGCAGCAGCGGCGAUGGCAGCCGCAGCUACACAGGCAACAGCUGCAGCUGCAGCUGCAGCAGCAGCAGCUGCGACUGCAGCAGCAGCGCUACACCUUUAGUUCUAUUAGAUGCUGCAGCAGCACCGUCACUACAGCAUGGACACCAGACAAACAGCAACAGCAGCAGCACCACCAGCAGCAGCAGCAACAGCAGCAGCAUCCGAUCCAACAACCACCGCAGCGCCUGCAGCUGCUGAAUGCGCAACAGCGAUGCCGGCAGCGGCAGCAGCAGCAGCAACAGCAGCAACAGCAGCAGCAGCAGCAGCAGCAACAGUACUUUGGGCAGCAGCAGCAGCGUAUGCAGCAGUGUUGGCGCCCAGUUACUCUCAAGAAACAUUAG